GGGCCUUGGUUGCCAGGCCGGAAGUGGCAGGGGGGAACAGAUCUUUUGGCUAACAGAAUUUUGCGUUACACUGAAAAAACCCUGUAAAACUCUCCGCCUUUCAAACCACUUUCCUAACGCUGACUGGUUAAGGAAAUACCAACCCGACUGAAGGAGAUUGCAGCAACUCGUUGGAAGCGGCUGCUGGAUCUCGGUGUAGCAGUGAAACCGGUGUUCUGCGCGUGCGCAGAACCACAAAGUAGCAUUUCUCGAAGGGAGCAAGGAUCGGCAGAACACCGGGGGCGCCAGAGCACCAGUCGUAAAGUUGGAGGCACGGGAGAAGAAGUCCAGCUGGCCAUGGCGGAAGCAGAGCAGCAAGCAGACGGCCCCCCCGACCCCGGCCCCGGCCCUGGGCCCGGGCCCCCCUACGUGAUCCCCAGGAAGGAGAUCAGCACGGUGCCGGACAUGGCCAAGUGGAAGCGCUCCCAGGCCUACGGGGACUACAUGGGCUUCGUGCUGAGCCUGAACGAGGCGGUGCGGGGCAGGAAGCUCUCCUGCGCCGCCCCCCCCGCCUCCCCGACCGUGGAGAAGCUCCUGGACCUGCUGGGGACCCUGGAGCUGUGGAUCGACCAGACGCCCCCGCUGGAGCAGCCGUCCCGCUUCGGCAACCGCGCCUACCGGACCUGGUACUCCCGGCUGGAGCGGGAGGCGGAGGCCCUGGUGGCCGCCGUCCUGCCCCCCGACAAGGCGGCGGCCGCCCCGGAGAUCGCUGAGUACCUGAAGGAGUCGGUGGGGAACCCCACGCGCAUCGACUACGGCACGGGCCACGAGGCGGCCUUCGCCGCCUUCCUGUGCUGCCUGUGCAAGGUGGGGGCCCUGGGGGCCGAGGACCGGCUGGCCAUCGUGUUUCAGGUGUUCCAGCGCUACCUGGGGGCGGCGCGGCGGCUGCAGCGCACCUACCGCAUGGAGCCGGCCGGCAGCCAGGGGGUGUGGGGGCUGGACGACUUCCAGUUCCUGCCCUUCAUCUGGGGCAGCUCCCAGCUGGUAGACCACCCCACCCUGGAGCCGCGGCACUUCGUCCAGGAGAAGGUGGUGAGCGAGUUCCACCACGACUACAUGUUCCUGGACUGCAUCAAGUUCAUCAACGAGAUGAAGACGGGCCCGUUCGCCGAGCACUCCAACCAGCUGUGGAACAUCAGCGCCGUGCCGGCCUGGGCCAAGGUCAACCAGGGCCUGCUCAAGAUGUACCGGGCCGAGUGUCUGGAGAAGUUCCCCGUCAUCCAGCACUUCAAGUUCGGCUCCCUGCUCUCCAUCCAGCCCGUGGAGCCUUGAAGCCCACAACACCCCCGGUGUCAAGAAAAAAAACCUCAGCCUUCCAAAACAAAUCCCCCUUUCAUCCUUUCUUCUUCGGUGGUACCAUCUCCGGUUACUCCGGAGUUUGUUUUUAUUUGUUAGAACUUCAAAAUUCAAUAAAAAUGAAUUAAAAAAAUGAUAAUAA